CAAUUAGCCUUUGAAUACCCAGAAAAUUAGACAGCGUAUCUCGCCGCUCUCCUAUUUGUCUGUUUGCUGGCUUCCUCCGCUCUUUUCAGGAGUUAGAUUUCCUCCUCCUCCUCGUCAUCGGCGAAGUGUAGUAUAGAGAAAAGGUUUGAUCUAUAGGGUUAGCACAUGCCCAGUGCCAGUGGAUCCUCUCUCUCCUACUCGCUCCCUCUCGCUUCCGCGUCGCAUGUAGUCAACGAUCAGUUCAUUUUGAUUCGGAUCUAGGGAUGGGCGGGGGGUCCGACGGCAAGAACGGCCGAGAAAUCCUCUGCGACGCCCUCGCCGGAGCAUCCGCAGGGGCCGUAGCUGCGACCUUCGUCUGCCCGCUGGACGUGAUCAAGACGCGGCUUCAGGUCCAUGGUCCGCCGGAGGUGUGCCCCUCCUCUUCCCACCGCAAUAUCAUUAUUUCAAGCCUAAAACAAAUCAUAAAAAAAGAAGGUGUGAGUGGCUUAUAUCGUGGUCUUACUCCAACAGUCACUGCACUACUUCCAAACUGGGCUGUGUAUUUCCCUGUUUAUAAUCAGCUGAAAAGCCUACUUCAUUCACAUGUGGAUGAAAAUAAUGAGCUUUCGGUUGGUGCAAAUAUACUUGCUGCUGCAGGUGCAGGAGCUGCAACAGCUAUUACCACCAAUCCAUUAUGGGUUGUUAAAACUAGACUUCAAUUGCAAUGCACUGCUAACCUCAGCGGUGACACCUCUGCCAUGUUUCAAGAAUCUGCUAUGCUUGAAGAGGGAAGGAGAGGUCUAUACAGCGGCCUUCUUCCUUCUUUAGUGGGGGUUAGCCACGUUGCUAUUCAGUUUCCGUCAUAUGAAAAGAUCAAGUCUUACUUGGCACGAAAAGAAAACACUUCAGUGGAUAGGCUUAGUCCUAAAGAUGUAGCUAUUUCUUCUUCCUUAUCUAAAAUAAUUGCAUCGACUUUGACAUACCCACAUGAGGUCAUACGAGCCAGACUACAAGAACAAGGCCAUGCCCGCAACAAUAGCAACAAAUAUGCAGGCGUGACUGACUGCAUUAGGAAGGUAUUCCAUCAAGAUGGCAUCCCUGGUUUUUACCGCGGCUAUGCCACAAACUUGCUGAGAACUACUCCUAGUGCUGUUAUUACAUUCACAAGUUACGAGAUGAUUCAUCGGUUUUUCCUCCAAGCAAUCCUUUCCUGAGCAGAAGCAUAUAGAAAGCCGGAAUACCAUCCAUUUGACAGAUUGGUUGAUGGUUGAAUAAGGUAACAAGAAGCACCCGGCGAAGACACUGCAACCAUCAAUUCCAAGUUUUGAACAAAUACCUAACACUGCAGACAGGACCGCGCCUUCAAGAAUGACACGACAAAAAUCUUUAAAAUAUCUGAUUCUCUAGUGAACAAAAUAAUUCGAGGUGUGCAACAGCUUGUCCCUGAAACAAAUGAAUUUUGUCUUGAUUUUUUUCAUGGAGCAGAGGCAUGCGUAGCUUGGAAAACAGCCUCUCUUAUUUAUUACUGGAGCAAUUUGUAUAUCAUUCGUAUCUUUGCACUGUUGCAAAGAAUGUUUAGGGUUAGUUCAUGUCUUUAAAGUUUAAACAAAAGAAUGUUUCUUGUUAUCAUUAGUCUUCAAUCAAACUAUUAAGUAUUCACAGAUGGAA